CGUUCCGCCAACAAUAGAUGCAAAAAGAAUUGGAGGCCGUUCUUCCGAACAUCAGACUCGAGAACGCAAUGUCGAGAUCUGAGGAUCAUUCCGCCUCUUGUCCACAUCCCAUUCGGCGCGUUUAUUUUGUGCGCUAUGCGUUUUCCGAGUGGAAGGAGUGCCCUCUGGAUCCGCUCGUUGUGGAGCUGCAGUGCUAUAAAAAGAUCUUUGAGGACAGCGCGUCGCUGCAACAAGUGGGUCUAAGUGAAUCGGUAAGCAGGGCGUCAGAAUAUCAUAAUAAGUUCAAAGAUGAGUUCGGUACUUGGAACGCGCUCGCCUCGUUUUACCGGACCGUCGAGCUUUGUCCCACUGCCUACCCGUCACAAUUCGAGUUUGACGAGGGGACAGGACAAUGCGCGGCGGUCGCGCUGCCCUACUGCAAGACCACUUGGACCACGUCAGAACAGAGACCGGAGCAAGCUACUCCUACCGCGAACGGUAGUUCCCGGCGCCACAGCGUGGCGGUCCUCUCGCGCGCAAAUCUGUACACGCAGCUGCUCCCUUCCAUCUCUGCUACGGAAAUCAGCGUCUCGGCUGCAGAAGCGAGUUCUGCACCAGCGUCGGAAGAUCGUCGCGCCCCUAGUAUAGAAGUGCUGCGAAAUGUAGAGGCCGAGCGGACGGAAAGCACGCGCCUGCGCGAGUCGCUGCUGCUGGAGCUGAUUAUCCUGAUUAAAAGCGUACCCGCGACCUUGUAGUCUUAGUCAAGAUCAUGGGACCUCUGCUGCACAAAUCCAGCAGUUUCUGGCGUCGCGCAUGAAAAGUGGCAGUGCCGAUUAGCCAAAAUAGCCUCAUCAAAGAGCCAUCUGCAGGUUGUCCUGUAUUUACAGCAUUACGAAUGCUAAAAAAUUAACAGGAAUAAUCCCCCUGGGGGGCUACAGCAUUUAUUACCACACCACACAGCGUUCCUCCAGACGCAAGAACUCUGCAUCACACACCCUGCGGUCGGUGCUUACGUUUUUCCUCAGGAUGCUGAUCCGCACGGAUUUAGCUGCAGCGGUGACGUCGCUUUGCUGGGGCCACGAUCGGUUGUUCCAGAAAGCCGUCGCGCCGGCCGUGAAUCGCAGCCUCCCGCAUUGGGUGCACGCCCGGUGGCACGCGUGGACGCGCAAGGUGGAGGUGCGCAGGAAAGUGGGCGCCGCCUUUGUUUCGUCAAGAACUUCUUCCUCUUUUGCCGCAGCGCCAUCUUCUACUUCCAAUGGGACUCGUCCUCAGGCGGGGGGCCAGCGGUACCUUAACCUUAUGCUUGCACAGCGGGUCGCGGACCUUUUGCGCCACGUAGCGAAGCCGCACCUUUCGAUCGUGCUGGACCUGGCGCUCUUCUCCGUCUUGCACGUGCUGUUUCAGUAUCAAAUGCAAAAAUGUCUGGAUCUGGAAUGCUGACGGGUUUGUCAUGCAUAUUUUGCAUGACCCAGGAUGUCUGUAAUGCACGACCGAGCAUCACAGAUUUUUAGAGGGCUUCCUGAUGCCUACUCCGCAUGACAAAUGCCCUCCCCGCGUAGCACAAACUAGACUCCUCUUGCUGGUCAUGCAAUGCAGAGUCCAAAGUUAGCAUCACAAGUUCCAACCUUCCAGAGCCAGACAUUUUUGCAAUUCAUAUUCAGUGUCUGCGGAAAACCGGACUGUACCUCCCGUCGCCCGACAUGGAGGCUAUCCUGUGCAAAAGUAUCGUACUCGUAUAAAUGCUAAUGCAAGUGUUGCAUUACAAAUCUUGUUCCCAGGGCAAAUCUGCAUUACAAAUCUUGUUUCUCAUGCUGAGGAAAUUUGUAAUGCAUUUAUACGAGUACGAUACUUUUGCAAUUCAUAGAGGUUUCCGAGCAGCGAUCGCAUGGGUCCAAGCAGCGCGGCGGGAACAGACGAAGCCCUGCCACACUGCACUCCGCCUACGCGCAGCGGCAGGCGCGGCGGCAGCACAGGAUGCAGCAGGAGGUAAAAAAGAAUGAAAGUUGGCUCGUACUGCGGGACCAGGUGGUGGUGCCGUGGGCGAGUUUUUACGAAACAAUGGCAAAGUCACUGUCCUGCGGGACCACGAGUUCUGGUGCAACAAGGUCAAAAAUAUCGUCUACCACUGCGCCUGGAUUUUCAGGCAGCGCGGGUGGCAGUAGUAAAAUUGAUACCUUCAUCCCGGUGAGAAAUGCUUGGUCCACUUUCUUCAGCUGGAGACGCGGGCUGGCGUGGUGGUGGUCGUUGGAGCACACCGCCGAAGACAGUUGUGACUCGUCUUCUUCGGACGAGUGGUUGGCGGAAGAAAAAAACAGCCCACGAGACGGCGCUUGGAAUCAUUCAAACUCGCAGCAACUGUCUAGCACCAGCAAGCUCGAUCUUCUGCCUGCGUGGGUCAUUCCCCGCGCCACCGCACUGUGUCAAUCGGGAAGCGUUUGGCUUUUUGCUAUCACGGCCUUGAGUCUGCGUCUGGUGUCGCUCGGGAAAACACCCCUUGCAAUAGAUCAAAUUUUUAGCAUAGAGGAAAACGAAUCGGAAGCGGAGGAGGAUCCGGGAUGAUGCCGGGAUUGCUCACGUUGGAAUUAGUGAGUGAACAAAUGCGACAGGAUCGCGACCAUUUAUGAACUUCAACUUCACAGGAACAACUGAUCUUUUUAUGCCCGGCCGGUUAAGAUUUUAUGUAAACCGGCAAGGAUGAAGCCG